UUCGUCACGAAAUGAUUAAAAAAAUUAAAAAUGUUGCAGACCAUGUCAAGCAUGAUCGAUUAUUUAUUGAGUAAUUAUCUCUGCAUUUCUAUUUUCUUAUUAUAAACUCGUUUAUGUAAAAAUGACUUCAACAAUAUUCCAUUUCCCUUCACUCUGCUGAUGUUUUCUGUGUCAAAGAGGGCAGCCUAUUUUUGAAAAGUUCUUGUCAGCUUGAGCAUUUGGCAAAAUCAACGAGAAAAGGUCAAUUCUUAAUUAAUCCUGAAUCAACAUAGAGAUUAGCACUAUAAAUAUACAUGGCUACAUUGUAUGAAUCUUCAACUCAGCAAUAUCUUUAAUCAUCUCAGCCAUUCAUCACUUACAAACACAAUGCCUUCUUCAAGAGUUAGCUUCUUCUUCGAUCUGUUAAGCUUAGCUUUAAUCUUCCAAACUGUUGUUGGAACCAACCCUCUACUGCAUUUUUGUUCAAGCAAUGAUAACUUCACUUCCCACAGCCCAUACGAAACAAGUCUUAAGAAACUCAUGAGCAAUUUUUACUAUCUAGCUCCACCCAGUGGAUUUGCUCUUGGUUCUCUGGCUCAGAGUACCCAAGAAAGGGCAUAUGGGCUCGCUCUUUGCAGAGGAGAUGUCUCAGCCUCAGAUUGCAGAACUUGUGUAGCAGAAGCAAGCAAUGAGAUCCGAAAGCUCUGCCCUUACAAAAAAGGAGGAAUUAUAUGGUACAAUAACUGUGUAUUGAAGUACUCCAACAAGGAUUUCUUUGGCCAAAUAGACAAACAAAACAAGUUCUACCUCUUGAACGUGCAAAAUGCAAGUGAUCCAAUGGCAUUUAACCAGAGGACGAAGCAGCUGUUGAGCCAACUAGCACAGAAUGCUUCCAUCAACCCGAGGAUGUAUGCAGCUGGAGAGAUGGAAGUUGAUGAGGGAUCAGAGAAAGUUUAUGGGAUGGCUCAGUGCACGAGAGAUCUCUCCAGUGAUGAUUGCAAGAAGUGUCUUGAUGGUGCCAUUGGUGAACUCCCAAGUUGCUGUUAUGGGAAACAAGGAGGUAGAGUUGUUGGUGGGAGUUGCACUAUUAGAUAUGAAAUUUACCCGUUUGUUAAUGCUUAAUCUCUAUUUAUUUAUUUAUGCUAUUCUUUUGUGAA